GGCGGCGGGCGGCGUGAGCGGCCAGGAGCAGGAUGCGCGCGGAGGGCGCGGCCCCCGGGCCGGCGGCGCCGCUCUGCGGGGCGCUGAGCCUGGUGCUGGGCGCGCUGCUGGGCAAAGUGAUCCAGGCCCGUGGCGUGGCUGACAACAUCCAGGGGUUUUCCUCCUUGCCGCCCUACCUGCCCGUGAGCUACCAAGUCCUCAGAGCAGAGACGACCUUCUUCCUGAAGGAGAGCAACCCCGACCUGCUGCGCAAUGCCAGCCUGCAGUCCCGGGUGGAGUCCUUCUUCACCUACAAGGCCAGGCAGCCCCCGGUGCUGACCGCCAGCUACGGGCCUUACUCGGUGGAGAAGGCCGUGCCUCUGGACGCGGCGCGGGCCUCCGACGCUUUGGGGCCGGCCAGUAAGUUCACGUUGGACUGGAAGCUGCAGGCCCGCGUCUUGCGGGAGAAGAUCUACCCGAGCCGGCCCCGCGUGCAGAUCCUCUUCCACGUCACGGGCCGAGAGUGGGAGGACCGCGGGGCUCUGGAGGAGCCGCUGCCCUGCCUGCGGGUCUUCGCCUUCCGGGAGACGAGGGAGGUGCGGGGCGGCUGCCGGCCCGGCGGGGCGCUGGGGCUGUGCGUGGUGGAGCUGGAGUUGCCGCCAGGCUGGUUCGGCGUCCUCCCGGGAGUGGCGGGGCGCAGGCGGCCCCCCGAGCCGCAGGACGGGGCUCGCGUGGAGCUCUACUACUCGGUGCAGCCCGGGGACGCGCGCGGGGACUGCGCCGGGGCCGAAGCGCGGCAGGGCAACGCCAUCCGCCCGGGCAAGGACGGCCCCGAGGACCGGGCGGCCCCCCUGCGGAGGAUCGGCGCCGUGGGCCUCCACCGUGCGCAGGACGAGGACGCCCAGCUCCGCGAGCUCCGGCUGGACGGCAACGUGGCCAUCUGGCUGCCCACCCGCCCGGCCAGGCCGGGGGACGUGGUCACCGCCUCCGUCACCAUCGCCGGCAACUCCUCCGUGGACCUCUUCGUCCUGAGAGCCAAGGUGAAGAAGGGGGUCAACAUCCUCGGUGUGCGCCCCAGCGAGCCUCGGCAGUGGGCAGUGAGGCAGGAGAUGGGCAACGGCGGGAAGCAUGCCACCACCUCCGUCGCCUGCCAGCGCCUCGGCCCAGGGGUGGGCAACAGAAGCAGCAGUGCCUUCAGUGAGGUGGUGCAGAUGAACUUUGAAGUUGCCAGCGCCAGCAGCCUCUCGGGCACACAGCCCAUCACCUGGCAGGUGGAAUACCCCCGGAGGGGGAUCACAGACAUCGCAGCCUCGGAGAUCUUCGUCAGCCAGAAGGAGCUGGAGGGCAUCGUCCCACUCGCCAUGGACACGGAGCUCCUGAACACGGCCAUCCUCACAGGGAAGACGGUGGCCGUGCCCGUCAGAGUGGUCUCUGUGGAGGAGAACAGCACUGUGAGGGAUAUCUCCGAGCUAGUGGAGUGCGAGUCCACGGAUGAAGACGUCAUCAAGGUGUCCGACCACUGUAACUAUGUCUUCGUCAACGGCAAAGAGAUGAAAGGCAAGGUGGACGCCGUGGUGAACUUCACAUACCAGUACCUGAGCGCACCCCUGCACAUCACUGUGUGGGUGCCCCGGCUGCCCCUGCAGAUCCAGGUCUCCGACACUGAGCUCAGCCAGAUCAAGGGCUGGCGGGUGCCCAUCGUGACCAGCAAGAGGCCCACUCGGGACAGCGAGGAGGAGGAAGAGGAGGAGGAGCAGCGGGGGCGAGGCUGUGCUCUGCAGUUCCAGCACGCCACCGUGAGGGUUCUCACCCAGUUUGUGUCGGAGGGCGCAGGGCCCUGGGGCCAGCUGAGCUACCUGCUCAGUCCCGACUGGCAGUUGGACAUCACACACCUGGUGGCCGACUUCAUGAAGCUGGAGGCCCCACACGUGGCCACCCUGCAGGACGGCAGGGUCCUGGUGGGGCGGGAGGUCGGCAUGACAACCAUACAGGUCCUGUCCCCACUGUCCGACUCCAUCUUGGCAGAGAAGACGGUGACCGUGUUGGAUGACAAAGUGUCGGUGACCGAGUUGGCUGUCCAGCUGGUGGCUGGGCUGUCGGUCACCCUGCACCUGAGCACAGACCGGAGCCAGGCUGUCACCGCCGUGGCCAUGGCUGAGGAGCUGCUGCGUGUGCCUAAGCAGGAGGCCGUGGUCAGCAUGUGGCUUCAGUUCAGCGAUGGCUCAGUGACCCCCCUGGACAUCUACGACACCAAGGACUUCUCCCUGGCCGCCACCUCGCUAGACACGGCCGUCGUGUCUGUCCCACAGCCCCGCACCCCCGGCUGGCCCACGGUGGUGGCCGAAGGGGAGGGCCAGGGCCCCCUGCUCCGCCUGGAUUUGAACAUUGCAGAGACCUGCCAGAAAUCCAAGCGCAAGAGCGUGCUGGCGGUGGGCGUCGGCCAUGUCAGGGUCAAGUUUGGACAGCACGAGGCCGACUCGGGUUCGCCUGGCGAUCCUGAGGACCAGGACCUGGAGAACCACGCCAGUGACCGCCGGUCCAAGGGGCUGGAGCCGGAGCGCCUGGGCCCAGACGGACGCCUGCACGGCGGCUCCUCAACGGAGCGGGAAGAGGGGGCCCUGCGAGGGGCCGGCACCACCGCCAAGCCCCCGCCGCCGCCGCCCCCACCGGACAACAAGGUGGUGCGGAGCGGCCGGCUGGAUGGGGGGCGGCCAUCGGGGGAGGCGCAGCUCCACAACAUCCCCAUCGACUUCACCAACUUCCCCGCCCACGUGGGGCUGCCCAAGGCGGGGGGCGGCGGGCUGGCGGGGAGCAACCCUGGGCCGGGCGCCCGGGGCCCCAGCGACCUGGAGAUCGGCAUGUACGCGCUGCUGGGCGUCUUCUGCCUGGCCAUCCUGGUGUUCCUCAUCAACUGCGCCACCUUCGCGCUCAAGUACAGGCACAAGCAGGCGCCGCCCGAGGGCCGGGCCUCGGUGACGCACUCGCACGACUGGGUGUGGCUGGGCAACGAGGCGGAGCUCCUGGAGAACGCGGGCGCGGGGCCGCCCCGCCCGGAAGAGCGCACCACCGUCCUGGACCGAGGGCUGGGCGGCGGCUGCUGCGAGGAGAGGGACCAGCUGCUUCUCAACGGCGGCGCCCAGGCGCCCGCGCAGGCCCAGGGGCAGCGGCCGGGCGGCCCCGGGCCGACGCUGGGCAAGGAGCCCAGGCCGGAGCCGCUGCACUCGCCCACCGCCAGGCGGAAGAAGGUGAAGUUCGCCACCUUCUCCACCGUCCCACCCGAGGAGGGCGGCUCCCCGGCGAACCCCAUCCUCGGAGGCAGUGAGGACAUCAAGUGGGUGUGCCAAGACCUGGACGUGGCUGCCCACAAGGAGCUCAGAAACUACCUGGGGAAAUAAAUCCUAAGACUGGGCCCUGGGCGGCAGAGGUCCCCCUGAUGUCCCCUGCGCCCUCCCGCAGAAUUCCGGCGUGAGCCCGGGCAGGGGGGCCUGGGCGGGGAAGGGCCCCGGCACGGCACGCACGGGAGAGGCCAGCUGGAGGCUGGAAGCCGGGAAGGGACACUUGCAUACCGAGCAACGCCUGCCUUUGUAGCCAGCCGUGGAUGAGGGUGGAGUUUUGGAACCCGGGUCCUGUGACACCAGGAGGGGCCAGAGGGGCAGAUGGAACUGUAGCACACAGACACAGGAAGCUUAUUUUAUCAGUUGGAAUACAACACAGACAAACUACCAAAAAUUAUUUGUUAAAAACAUUCAAAAAGACAAAUAAAAACAAAUAACCUGUUUAUAUUUCUAAUAAAAAAAGCAAAAUAUAAAAAUAGGGCCUGCUAAGAGACAUUUUCCGUUUGAACUCUCUGUCCAGCUUUCUGGAGUCAGCCUGGGCAGGGGAGAGAUUUUUGCUUGUUUUGACACAGGGUCUUACUGUAUAGCUCGAGCUAGCCUGGAACUUCAGGGAUUAUAGACAGGAGCUACCACACCCAGUCGGAAGAGUCAUUGCUGAAUAUCGGUUACCUCCUCCUAACGGAGAAUCAAGGAUAUUUACAUUUUGAUUGAAUAAUCACAUCUCUU